GGCAAGAUCAAGUUCAAGUUCAAUUAGUCGAAGGUGAUUUGUCAUCGUUGCAGCAGCCGAAAAGUUCAUUGUUCGCGAGUGUUGCUUCUGUUGUACUGAAUUAGAAAAGUGCGAUAACAAAGAGAGAUAAAGUUGAUAGUUUGCAUUGAUACUUCUAAAGGUGCUGAUAGAGCUUAGUUGAAGUUAGUUUCAAGCAUACCUAGAAGUUCCACACAAGCGUCGGAUCGGAAAGUGCUAGAACAAUAUACAGAGCUUAUUGAGUACUCUUGUCCGAGAUAAACAUACGAAAUGCCAAAGAAAACCAGUCUACAUCACAAGUAGUCAGAGCAAACAAACAAACGAAAAAAAAAAAUUCCCGAACCAUGACACGACCGGUUGGCCCUAGCAGAACCAGUACAAUUCUCCGACACCGAAGCUGCAUAUUUUCCGUCACCAGCAUAAUCACACAUGUUUUCCACCCAGCGGUGGCAGCAGUCGUACUUGCAUCGGUGUUUGGAAUGCUGCUGACCGGCAUGGAAGGUGCAUAUGCGAUGUCCGGUUACGGUGCUGGUGGUGCAAAAGUUAGCGUAGUGAAAUCUAUCAAAGGAGAUUCUUUAGUUCUGAAGACGAAAUAUGACUCUAAACUGCACAAAUCGAAAGUGUACAAGCCAGAAAUAUUCAAAACUAAUCGACAGGAAGGAUUUCUGGAAUAUUUCCCUUCCGAAGCGUUGGAUCAGGAUGAAUUGUUAGCUAAUCGAUUGGGAAUGGUUCUUGGGGCUUUUGGAAAUACGCUAUCGCAGAUUUUCUUCGGUACGGACGAGGUACGGUCGGAGGUUACCUUUUGGUGCUCAAAUUCAGAUCACUUAAAUUACAUGCAGGUGUUUGUGAAUGACUUAAAUGUGCAUCACAAAAUAGACGUCGCCAAACCAACCAUGUUUCUCACUCACGGUUGGACGGAUAACGUCAACAGAACUUGGGUGAGAGAAAUCGUCAGCGAUUACAUCCAUCACAAUGGCGGUAACAUUUGUGCAGUAGACUGGAGUCACUUGGCGCUGGUGGAAUACAAUCUGGCGGCCAGAAAUACAUGGAAGGUUGGGCGGUACCUGGCCAAAUUUAUACAGUUCCUACUUGCGGAGGGUCUCACCAUUGAACAGGUUACAUUAGUUGGUCAUAGUAUGGGAGCCCACAUUUCCGGAAUAGCUGGAGCAGCACUGGAAGGCAAGGUACCGAUGAUUAUUGGCUUGGACCCGGCAGGACCGUCGUUCACAAAACCUUCACUCGUGCCCAGUAAGAAGCGGCUGGAUAAGAGCGAUGCAUUGUUUGUGCAGGCUAUUCACACCGACAAAAACAUUAUAGGAACGUCGACUAAUGUCGGACAUCAGGAUUUCUAUACGAACAGCGGUGCCAGUCCACAGCCAGGGUGCGAGUUUCCGCUGGUUAAUAAUGAUACUACAAAGGCGUACCUGCAAUUCAUCUGCAGCCACUUCAAAGCUGUCGAGUACUUUCGAGCCUCGCUAAAUCGGCAGAACAUUUUCCUAGGAACGAAUUGCACCUCCUACUACUACUACCGAAAGGGAGAGUGCGCCAACAAUACGCGUGCCGAGUUUGGACUGUACAACAGUAAACUAGCUUUUGGCCCGCUGUUCAUCUCCAUAGACAAAACCGUGUAUCCGUAUGCUAAGUCAAUAGCUAGAAAUAGAUGAAGGUUCGUUUUUCUACUCCGUAUGUGGAUGGAGAUUUUCGGUGAAUUUCAUUUGUAGAGAAACUUCAUGUUAAUCCCCCAGAGAAGAAAAGCAGCAACUGCAACUAUUAAAAGGCGUUAGAAUGUUGAACCGGUUUGCCUAUGCUUGGCUUUGUUGAACCCGACGGCGAUGAUUUAUUAAUGGAGAAAAUUACUUCCUGCUUCGGAUUUUGUAGCUCUCAGUGGCGUUCCGUUCUGGGACUGACUCUAUAUAGUCUGACGUUAGACAGCGACUACCGCCUUACAUUCCUUUUACCAACGAACGGCAGUGGGAAAAUUGGAGCGGAAGUGUGUUAUCAUGGUCUAUUAUCGUGUUUGGAUGAUGUAAGCCGAGUGUUUGGCCAUUCGAGGACGAAAAGGACACUGAAGAGUGCCUUGUGAAGUGCGUAUAAUUAAUACAGGUUUCCGAAGUGUGGUCUGGAAGAUUAAUGUAUUUACUAGAAAUUUGAGGUGGGAUGAAACAUUUCUUAGGAUAGUUACUUACGAUGGUUUGUGGAUGAAUGUCGGUAGAUGUUUGACACAGUAAAUUAGCUAUUGUUUCUUUGAUUCAGUCAAUAUUUUUCGAUCGUGACGGCCAUAAAUCUUUCCUACCAGACAGUCAUAACAAACGCCUACAUUGUUUUACCUGCUUUCCGAUCAGAAGUGAACUUGCAAGCUCCCUCCCUUAAGCGCUUGCAGAGUAAGGAAAACGAAAGAAAGCCACCCGCCGGACGAUAAAUCUUGUGCCAAACUAUAAAUAAUAAACAGUUUAUAACUAAAGUUGUUCUUACCGCGUAGUUUAUUUUCGCAAGCGAGAGUUUACCUUUUCAUAGUGGUUCACAUGGCGAACCAAUUUGGCUACUAUCGUGUAAUGCAGAUUUCAGUGUUAACAAAAUUUAAAGAAGCAAAUAUUAAUACAAUGUGGCAUGGAUAAAUGAGAUCAUUUGCUUAGUUAGUUUAAAAUUAAAUUUGAAUCGUAAUGGAGCAGCUCAAAGUUUGGAUUUUGUAAUACAAAAACAUUGACUUAACCUAUAAUCCCACGGCAAACUGUCAUACCUUAUUAUGUUUUGACGUUGGUCAAAGUCUUUUUGUUCUACACUCACCUGGGUGCAUUUUCAAAAUUUGUCACUUCGAGAGAGUUACGAAUUUUUUUUUCAGAUUAUUUUCCCUGUUUGUGUGCUUUCUUUAAUUAUUUCACUAGGAUUUAGUUUAUAAUAAUCCAUGAACGGAGACACAUCGUGUACGCAGACCGCCAUCUACGUUAAGAGAAUGAAACCACAUUCUAACAGACAUGACACCAUAAGUGAAUUCUUCUAAAAAUAAAUUUUCUUGGGGCACUAGUUCCACCUAUAUUGAACUGCGCGAACUAUUUACUGUCGGUACACCCCUUGCGUAAUGUAAAAAUUUUUAAACUGGUUGGUUAAACUUGUAGUCAUCUAGGCUAUUUUUAAUCUUGUUGAUAAUUUUCACCCGAAAUUAAGUGGCGGCAGGCCAGAAGCAAGUAAGUAUCGUAACAAAACAUGGGUUCGAUUUUUUAUUGCGUUGAGAAUAAGGCACAACUCUGUAUUUAGUUUUGGCAAUAUGUAUUACAUCUGUAUCCUCCAUUAAAACAGCAUGAACGAAUACAAAUCAGUACAUUACAGAUAAUUCUGUAUGAAUGGCAACUCUGUUGUUAAAUGAAAGAAAUAAACAUAGUCUAUAUGACAGACUGAUUGUUUUCGAUAGGGUAGCGUGGCGCCAUCAUGACAUAUGCGAGUACUGUCCCAGCCAAAGGAAUAUUCAAAUGACCGUUAAAACGAUUAAAGAAUCCAUGUUGAGUGUCUUGUUUGUUAGUCUGUGAUGAAACUAAGCCCAGCAUUAUUCAACUGGUGUUUCGCGUUCAAGAAAAAUAUCAAUAUGAAUGUAUCCAUUCCAUUAAACUGCCACCAAAACCCUUCGAGCUUAGCAGUUUGUAAUUUGAUGGUUUAUUUUGUCAAAUGUCGCCGAAAAAUCUGCGUAGAAAGCGAAUCCUAAUGAAUCCGUGUUGAGUUAUAGAUAUGUAGUCGUUGCAAUCAUUAGUUAUAAAAUCGAGAACGAUUAUUCCGAAUAACUUGGAGCUAUUCCACUGUGGUUUGUAAUAUCAGAUUGUUACCUUUCUUGAAAACCGGAAAAAUCAUGAACAUUUCAUAUGGUCGCAUAAAUCAAGGAGAGUUUCUCUUUGUUUACUUUCUCUUCUGUUAAUAGCUCCGUAAUUUUAUAUACUACUCACCUUAGGAUAAAAUGGUCAAAGUGGAAAUAUCACUAAGUGGAAAUCACAAAUGGAAAGAACACUUUGAGAAAGGGCACUGUGAUAACUUUGUUGAUCUAAACAGUUUAGUAGUCUUGUAAGAACUGACUCGAUCUUGGUCGUGCAACUUUAUUUUGUGAACGUUUCUAAAUCGUUUCGUGUUG